GCGCCUGCUCGAGCUCCGCACCCUCUCGGAAACAACAGGCCCGGCUGACCAAGUUCAGGCUUGUGGCGCCGUGGUUUACCACGGCCUCGACCUGUGGAGGUCGUCGUGAGGCUUCACAUGCAGGGCUAAGGCAGGUGGGCCAGGAGCCGGAGAGCGGCACAUGCAGGUGCGGUACACCUGCGUUGGCGUUUUCUGGGGAUGGGCUUUUCGCUUCCGCUGGACUGUAGUUGGAGUGACAGUUGUGCCUGGCAACGUGUGGCGCGUCUCGGUAGUUCCAAGAGUGACGGCAAGGUUGGUCGGCUGCGCAAUCUGCUGCUUGAUGCCACGGUCUCGAAGCGUCGUCAGGCCAAGAUUCGGUCGUCGUCUUACAAGUCACAUAAGUCGCACCAUCAAAGGUAGGAGGAGGAUGAGGAUGAUGAUCGCCUGGGAAGGUCUUCGACUCGAUCUAGAGUUGGUCCCUUCUGCAUGCGCUGUAAAGUGGCUGGAGAUAUCGUGGGGAUUCUUCUGAAGGCGUCAACAUGAGGGCUUCGGGGUAUCUGGCCGGCUUUCCUGUGGCUCAAGGUAUUUGGAAGGUCUUUUCCUCUGGCGGCCGCUUGAUUAGUACGAUCACCA